AUGAUGUCCAACAUCCCCGCAAAAGAAGUCCCAGAUGAUUUGAAGAUACUCUGGGAGCAACAACAGAAAAUUGCAUCAACUGCAUCUGGUCGGGGGUACCGUUGGCAUCCAAGGUAGGUAUUAUAUGAAUAUGAAAUAACAUAUAACCGGUGCUGGCUAGCACUCCUUGGGCCCACUCAUCAGGCAUCAGGCCUGUAGAGGGUUGUUAGUUUCUAUAUUAUUACACAGAUAGGAAGUCGUUGUUUGCACGUCCAUUUUUAUUGUUAUGAAAAUUUUAAAACAAUUACAAAUAAUACAAAUAGUCUCUUUUUCUGACGCAAUUGUUUUAAAUUUCCAGUAACUUGUAUCUGAUGUGGUAACAGAUGAUGAACUGCAAGCAACAGACUCUCAGUUAGUCGGUUUAGUGAAACAAAAAACCCAAAACAAAUAGCUUUGAAACAUAGGAUAAAAAAUAAAAGAGAGAGAGAAGGAGGAUAAAAGCUUGUUUCAAGAUAUGUGAAUAACCCUUUAACGUUCACUUUAUACUUAAAGGUGAUUGAAAGUGUGUUAUCUAUCAAUUGUAUACCGAUGUCAGUGGGAGGCUCAGUUACAACCUUGACAAUGUCUGGAUUUCUUUUUGAUGAAAGACUUGUUAUAAGUACCAUUCUAUUUCACUUAAUCUCUCAUUUUUCAACAGGGUUAUAAGGUUAUGCGUGGAGUUAUACAGCAAGAAUCCACAUACUCGUGAUCCACUGCGAAAAUUCUUAUAUCUACCGAGUCACCGCACCAUCAGGUAAUUGUUGUAGAGUUUCAUCCAGUAUCCAAAUAAAACAUUCAUUGACACUACACUCUAACAGGAUACCAAACCAAACUUUAUAAGUUUUUGCUCAUCUUACUGAUGUACCUUCUUCACAGUUCCAAAGAAAUAAUUCAUUGUAUAAUAUUCAUUGGAAUAAUAAUUUUACUUUUUUUCAAGGUACUACAAGAACAAAACCCCCCAACGUCCAGGAUAA